UCACUCGACCAAAUAGCCCACCAUAACAACGACACCCAAUAAAACAAUGGUCAAAAAACAAGCUCCUAAAAAGAAUCCUUCCAAAAAAGAGAAACCAGCAUCAAACACUACUCCCGUCCCACCCGUCGACCCCCAAUCUCUCAACCGCCAGCAACGCAUCCUCACACUCUUCUCCGAUGCCUUUGGCCCCGUCCUCUCAUCCGAUGACUUCACAACCCGCCUCCAAUCCAUAAAACAGGCCCUCUUCAACAGAGACUUUGACGCCGCCUUUGGACCCGAGGAGAAUCUUCAGGCCUAUGCGGCAAGAUGGAGUCCCACCAGAGCCCUCUGCUACUCGUCCAUCUUCCAAACCAUCGCCCACCACAUUGACGAGACGGCCCUCACGUCUCUUCCUCCCGCCAAUGACAAUGAUGACAACGAAAUCAGCCCAGAAUCAGCCAGCAUUGAAACUCCAGCCUCAAAACCCCGCAAUGCAAUCAAGAUGCUCUGUAUCGGCGGCUGUGCGGCCGAACACAUCGCCUUCGCCUCCCUCCUCCAAGACCGCAUCACUUCACCGCCGCUCCUAUCUAAAUACGCCUCCGCGGCCGUCAGAGCUGCAAACACGCCUCUCCUCGAGCCGGGCCAGCUCGAGACGACAUUCUCGCAAGGCGACGUCCUGACUUUGAGCAAAGAGGCCCUAAGCGAGUUGCUUGGUCAGGAACCUCUUACCGUGACGUUAAUGUUUACGUUGAACGAGCUCUACACCAAUGGAGGCAUCGGCAAAACAACAAAAUUCCUAAAACUGCUCGGCGAGGUGAUGCCGGACAGGAGCAUGCUCCUCGUCGUGGACAGCCCGGGCAGCUACUCGGAAGCCGCCGUGGGCAAAGAACAGAAGCGGUACCCCAUGCAGUGGCUGCUGGACCACACCCUUAUUGACCCUCGGGCGCCAUCUCCGGGCUACGAGUGGGAAAAGAUUGAGUCUCACGAUUCGAUCUGGUUCCGCCUACCCGAGGGCCUCUCUUACCCGAUCCAGCUAGAAAACAUGCGUUACCAGAUGCAUCUAUACCAGAGGAGGAAUACGACUCCAACUAAAUGAAAGUCUAUUAGGCGAGGGUAUUUGGAAGAAGAAGAAAAAACUAUAGUCGAUAAAGCUGCCCUUGAGUUGCUAUGUAUAAAAAAGCCAUGUCCGGUCUUUAGGGAUAUCUACUAGGUAUCUAUGCCCACACCAGCUUCUUCAGCGAGUGGCCCAGCUGCUCCAGUAACCCGGUGCUGCGUCUCGCCGUGUCCAGCGAAAUAAUGUCGCCCUUUUCCACCAGCUUCUUUCUCUCUCCCCCUUCCUUGACAACCUGCCGUUCGAAAGCAAGGCGCUCAAUCUCAGAGCAUAUUGUGUCGAUCUUCUGCAUCUCAGUCUGCCGUGGCCCCGCACCGCUGGCAGGCAUUGAAGAAUCGGCGUAUGGCGCCUUGAAUGCGAGCUUGCGAAUGGCAGGCUCCUUGGGGCCGUUUGCUCCGGAGAAAAGGCCCGCGAAGCCAGCAGGCGCGGGCUGAGGCUCGCCAGUAGCCGUGAACUUGGGCGCGUCUUUGGUGGAGAGUGUACGAGUGUUCCUCCUCCGGACGUCGCUUUUGCCCGGUUGAUACGACACCACGAAACCCACGUUCCUGGCCUCGUUCAUGUGCGUCUGUGAGAUGGUGGAGGUGAUGUAAGCGCCAAUUUUGAUGUUCGUAAUGCUCGCAAGGGUAACUCUUUCAAAGGACGACACCUUGUCCAUAUCCCAGUCAAAGCGGCAAAAGUACAGCGCAGCAUCGGUC